AUGGUCCGUGCAAGCAUUUUAUAUAGAUACAGAGAAGUCAACAACACAGCACAGUCACGGGAAUCUAAAUUCUUUGAAAGUAAUCUGAUUCUUCAGCAUUACUGCUUGCCUAAUCUGUUCAUUGUUUGGUCGUUGCUGCUAUAUGUUAAAUACUGGUCUAUCCCUUCAGCAUUGAGUUCACUGAGAGGAGUUCUACAGUUCAACUUUUCUCGUAACAACUUGUCAGGGAAAAUUCCAGAGUUUUUUCAGGGCUUUAACUCAUUAGAGAUGUUGGAUCUCUCUUAUAACGACUUCGAGGGCUUGAUACCAGAUGAAGGAAUUUUCAAGAACUCAACUGCAGUUUCAGUCAUAGGAAAUAGCCAGCUAUGUGGUGGUAACACCGAGUUGGGGCUGCCUAGAUGCAAGUUCCACCAACCAAAAAGGCUGAAACUCAAAUUGAAGAUAGCAAUCUUUGCCAUUACAGUGCUUCUAGCAUUGGCCCUUGUUAUCACUGGUUUAUUUCUUUAUUCAUCAAGAAGGAAAAGAAGAGAAAUUAAAUUGAGCUCUAUGCGGAAUGAGCUAUUGGAGGUAGCUUUGGGUUUGUGUAUAAAGGAAUACUUGACCAAAAUGGUCAUUGCUGUCAAAGUGCUUAAUCUCAUGCAUCAAGGAGCUUCUAGGAGUUUCAUAGCUGAAUGUGAAGCCCUGAGAAACAUCAGACAUCGGAAUCUUGUCAAGGUAUUAACUGCAUGCUCAAGUAUUGAUUACCAUGGUAAUGAUUUCAAGGCUAUAGUUUAUGAGUUCAUGGCUAAUGGGAGUCUAGAGGAUUGGCUGCAUCCAACUGGCACAGGAGGUGGCACAACGCUGGCUCUAAAUCUUCUCCAGAGACUUAACAUUGCCAUCGAUGUUGC